AUGACCAUCCAUGUAGAGGGGCUUGUGGCUAUCGCGAUCUUCUAUCUGCUGAUCCUGUUCGUUGGCAUCUGGGCGGCAUGGAAGAACAAACACUCCGGGGAGGCGGAGGGCACCGACCGCAGUGAAACCAUCAUGGUCGGAGGGAGAGACAUUGGACUAUUUGUCGGUGGAUUUACCAUGACAGCGACCUGGGUUGGAGGAGGAUAUAUAAAUGGCACAGCUGAGUAUGUUUAUCUGCCUGAUUAUGGCUUGGCUUGGGCUCAAGCUCCCUUUGGAUAUGCCCUCAGUCUUGUUGUGGGGGGUCUUUUCUUCGCUAAGCCCAUGCGCUCUCGAGGUUACGUCACCAUGUUGGACCCAUUCCAACAGAAGUAUGGGAAACGUAUGGGAGGCCUCCUCUUCAUACCUGCGCUCAUGGGAGAGAUCUUCUGGUCCGCGGCGAUCUUAUCCGCCCUCGGUGCUACUCUGAGUGUCAUGGUGGACAUCAACAUUAAGAUAUCAGUGGUUAUCUCAGCGCUCAUUGCAAUCUUUUACACCCUGGUUGGAGGACUCUACUCUGUGGCCUACACGGACGUCGUGCAGCUCUUCUGUAUCUUUAUUGGCCUGUGGAUCAGUGUCCCGUUUGCUUUGACCAACCCUGCGGUGUCGGACAUUACCAUCACCGCAGUGAAGCAGGUGUACCAGUCGCCCUGGAGAGGCAGCAUUCACAAGGGCGACACCUGGGUCUGGAUCGACAACUUCUGCCUCCUGAUGCUUGGAGGAAUACCCUGGCAGGUGUAUUUCCAGAGAGUCCUGUCUGCCUCCUCGGCCAACUACGCCCAGGUUCUCUCCUUCCUGGCCGCUUUCGGGUGCCUCGUCAUGGCGGUGCCCUCCGUUCUCAUCGGGGCCAUCGGGGCCUCCACAGACUGGAACCAGACCAGUUAUGGUGCUAUUUCUCCGAAAGAGAAGGACCAAGCGGACAUGAUUCUACCCAUCGUGCUCCAACACCUUUGCCCACCAUUCGUCUCUUUCUUCGGGCUGGGUGCCGUGUCUGCAGCCGUCAUGUCGUCUGCAGACUCCUCCAUCCUGUCAGCCAGCUCCAUGUUUGCGAGGAACAUCUACCAGCUCACCUUCAGACAGUCGGCGUCUGACCGUGAGAUCGUGUGGGUGAUGCGUAUUACCAUCUUUGUAUUCGGCGGCCUUGCCACGUUGAUGGCGCUGGUGACUGGGACAGUUUACGGCCUCUGGUACCUGAGCUCAGAUCUGGUUUACGUCAUCAUCUUCCCCCAGCUGCUCAGCGUGCUCUUCGUCAAAGGCACCAACACGUACGGCUCCGUGGCCGGCUACCUGUUUGGCAUGGUGCUGCGUAUAGGUGGGGGAGAACCCUACCUGCAGCUGCCUCCUUUCAUUUAUUACCCUGGCUGGACCACUGAGCAGAGGAUACACCACAUCUCUGGAGAAAUGGAGGAAGUCGUCAUCCAGAAGUUCCCCUUCAAGACCAUGUCUAUGCUCGCCUCCUUCCUGGGUAACGUCGCUUUCUCCUAUCUGACAAAGUACCUGUUUGAGAGCGGCAAGAUUUCACACAAAUACGACUUUUUCGACGCAGUGCACAGCGGCGAGAUCAUGGAUAAGACGACGCUCGUGACUCGUAGCAACAACAUCGGGCUGUCGGAGAUGGCGCCCGUCAAACCGCGGCUGAGCGUGAGCUUGGCGGCCGCCUUCACGCGCCGCGACACACUGCCAAAGGAAAUGGUGGUGGAGGAGGAGGAGUUCAGCUCUGAUUCCUCACACCAUGAUGAAGAAUGA